UAUCAUUUUAUCCUACAUUCUUCAACAUGCAAAUUACAUCAUUUUCCGCUAUUGCCUCCGUGGCAACUGUUUUGGCUAUGAUGACUGGCCAAGCAAAAGCAGCUCCUACAGAACGCCCCUGUAGUCAAGCAGAUCAAUAUGGAAACUUUAAUGUUACAGCUCCUUCGACAGUAGCAACUGGUGAUAAGCUUAAAGUGACUUACGAGCUUAAUUGCUCAAGUUUAAUUGUACCCAGAACUUUAACUUUUAAUAUCGGAAAAGAGUAUAACAAUUUGGAAACCGUUACUCCGUUUGUUCAAGUUGUUGGUCCGAAAUCAUUGCCAUACGGUAAAGAGGGUGUGCUAGCCGAAUAUACUACCACUCUUCCUAAUUUUGACUUGACUGGAUUUUACCAAGGUAAUGAAUUAGUCUUUUUGGGUACCAUCGUAUACACUGAACGAAGUCAAGAUGGAAAUGAAACGGAUUACAUCUAUACUAUGGAACAACCAUUUACGUACGACAGACCCAGCAAUUAGCGCUGAUCACUUCCACAUUCGCUAUGACUCACAUCAUGUGCAAUUUUGUCUCUUCGUAGCUCUUUUUCGCCAUCUAUAUCAUUCCGUUAUUUAUCAUUUAUGCCUGCGAUAAUAUUUUCGAGGUGAUGUUAAAUCUUUAAGAGUAUGAUUUAGCCUCAAUCGGUCCGUUUUUUGCAAUUGAAUGCCGAUUUAUGCUUAGAAGCAUGCUUAAAGAUGCCACUACCUACGAUCGAAGGGCCAGGAGGACCUUAUUAAAAAGCUGCUAAACACU